GGAACACGCCUACGUUAGUUUGCUUUUUCGCUGUAGUUUUAAUUUCGACCAAAAUGCGGAGUGUAGAGAGAGAAAACCUUUACCAGCAGCAGUACCCACUGUAUGCAUACCUAACCCAAAUUUUCAAGACUUUCAUACAUGAAGCAGGAUAGACUUCACAUUCUUAAAAUUACACAUUUCUGAGCUGUUGAGAAUGUACUUCAAAAGGAGCUAGAAGGUAGUAGCAGUGCCGCCUCCACCCCCGGGGAUGUUAUCACCACCACCUCCUUCCAGACAGAGACGCCCACCACCCCCCUCCCGCCACCAUCACCUCGCACGAUAACUACAACUGAUAGCAUCCCACCCCUAGAGGACAUGCUUGGGCCGCCGCCUGCCUACUCCUUCCAGCCGCCUGAGAUGAGCCCAUCGGAACCCAUGCCGGGACCUCCACCUUCGUAUGAUGAAUGUCACAACCUUAAUGUCCCUCCACCCACCUAUGAGUCUCUCUUUGGGCGAGUCAGAGAAGUCCAGAAGAGUUCAAAUGGUCUUGUAGACUUCAUCAAGAACCUGAUCAUCUUAUUUUUGGGAACAAUUGGUUGCACGGUGAUGAUCAGUGUGACAAUUGUGAUUCCAAUCUUCAUGAUCAUCAUUGGAUCCCUCAAAAUGGAUGAAUGUCCGGCAGAGAAAAUGAUUCCUAUUUAUCUUGUCAUUGGAGGAACAUUUGGUGUUGUAAAGAACUUGUUGGACCUACAAGGGAGGCUUCGCCGUCCACUGGCAGAAGACGACGGAGGUGAAAGUCACGAUGGACCAAUUCCUUGGCACCGGAGAUUGCAGUUUACCGGGGCCAUCAAUUUCUUCUUGUGUAUCUGGUUCAUUUUAGGAUGUGUGUGGGUGUAUCGAAUCUAUGAGCCCAACUAUGUUGAAGGUUCUCAUGAUUAUUGUGACUUCACCCUGUACCAGUUUGCCUUCUGGCUGAUCACGUCUGUCUACAUUGCCGUAGGCCUCCUCACCUCUUGUAUGUGCUGCCUGUCUGUGGCAACAGUUGUCAUGCAGCAUAAUCGGAUGAAUGGAGCCCAGGUUUGA